AUUGCUUUUUGUCUCCUGUUCUGGGACCUUUAUCUUCUGACCCGCAGGCUUGACUUUGCCCUUAUUGGCUCCUUUGUGGUGAAGAGCAGUCUUCCCCCAGGUUCCCCGCCACAGCUGUAUCUCCUCUGCACCCCGACUGCAGAGAUGGAAGGGGAAGGGGUUCAACCCCUGGAUGAGAAUCUGGAAAACGGAUCAAGGCCAAGAUUCAAGUGGAAGAAGACGCUAAGGCUGGUGGUCUCUGGGAUCAAGGGAGCAGGGAUGCUUCUGUGCUUCAUCUAUGUCUGCCUGCAACUCUCUUCCUCUCCGGCAAAGGACCCUCCAAUCCAAAGACUCAGAGGAGCAGUUACCAGAUGUGAGGAUGGGCAACUAUUCAUCAGCUCAUACAAGAAUGAGUAUCAAACUAUGGAGGUGCAGAACAAUUCGGUUGUCAUCAAGUGCGAUGGGCUUUAUAUCAUCUACCUGAAGGGCUCCUUUUUCCAGGAGGUCAAGAUUGACCUUCAUUUCCGGGAGGAUCAUAAUCCCAUCUCUAUUCCAAUGCUGAACGAUGGUCGAAGGAUUGUCUUCACUGUGGUGGCCUCUUUGGCUUUCAAAGAUAAAGUUUACCUGACUGUAAAUGCUCCUGAUACUCUCUGCGAACACCUCCAGAUAAAUGAUGGGGAGCUGAUUGUUGUCCAGCUAACGCCUGGAUACUGUGCUCCUGAAGGAUCUUACCACAGCACUGUGAACCAAGUACCACUGUGAAUUCCACUCUGAGGGUGGACGGGACACAGGUUCUUUCUCGAGAGAGAUGAGUGCAUCCUGCUCAUGAGAUGUGACUGAAUGCAGAGCCUACCCUACUUCCUCACUCAGGGAUAUUUAAAUCAUGUCUUACAUAACAGUUGACCUCUCAUUCCCAGGAUUGCCUUGAGCCUGCUAAGAGCUGUUCUGGGAAUGAAAAAAAAAAUAAAUGUCUCUUCAAGACACAUUGCUUCUGUCGGUCAGAAGCUCAUCGUAAUAAACAUCUGCCACUGAAAAUGGCGCUUGAUUGCUAUCUUCUAGAAUUUUGAUGUUGUCAAAAGAAAGCAAAACAUGGAAAGGGUGGUGUCCACCGGCCAGUAGGAGCUGGAGUGCUCUCUUCAAGGUUAAGGUGAUAGAAGUUUACAUGUUGCCUAAAACUGUCUCUCAUCUCAUGGGGGGCUUGGAAAGAAGAUUACCCCGUGGAAAGCAGGACUUGAAGAUGACUGUUUAAGCAACAAGGUGCACUCUUUUCCUGGCCCCUGAAUACACAUAAAAGACAACUUCCUUCAAAGAACUACCUAGGGACUAUGAUACCCACCAAAGAACCACGUCAGCGAUGCAAAGAAAACCAGGAGAGCUUUGUUUAUUUUGCAGAGUAUACGAGAGAUUUUACCCUGAGGGCUAUUUUUAUUAUACAGGAUGAGAGUGAACUGGAUGUCUCAGGAUAAAGGCCAAGAAGGAUUUUUCACAGUCUGAGCAAGACUGUUUUUGUAGGUUCUCUCUCCAAAACUUUUAGGUAAAUUUUUGAUAAUUUUAAAAUUUUUAGUUAUAUUUUUGGACCAUUUUCAAUAGAAGAUUGAAACAUUUCCAGAUGGUUUCAUAUCCCCACAAG